AUGCUUGAAUCGGAACGUGAAAAGUUCACGGAUCUCAAUAUCAAACACAAGAAAUAUUUUCUGCCAAUUCAAUGGUGUUUUUCACUUCUCUACGAAGCUCGUGCUCAAGGAAAAAUUGGAGCUGAUGUAAUGUUGAAUGAACUUAUCAAAAGUGUCGCAGAUUUUCGAAGAGGUCUUGGACAACUUUGUAAUUAUGAUUGGGUUCCAAUUCCACUGGUUUAUCCGCAAGUUGUAUUUUUAGCAGUUCGAAUUUAUUUCUUCCUAUGUUUAAUUGGUCGACAAUCGGUUUUAAUUGAUGGCGAACCGCCAAAAGGAACUUAUCAAUUUAUGUUUCCACUUGUUCCGUAUAUUAUGACUUCUCUACAAUUUAUGUUUUAUGUUGGAUGGAUGAAAGUUGCGGAAAGUUUGAUGAAUCCACUUGGAGAAGAUGAUGAUGAUUUUGAAUGUAAUUAUCUUAUUGAUCGAAAUCUUGCAAUUGGUCUCGCAAUAGUUGAUGAUUGUUAUAACGAUGCUCCGCCACUUCAGAAAGAUGCAUUUUGGAGUGCUGAAGUUGUUGAACCAUUGUAUUCUACAGAUACUGCUGGUAUUAUUAUGAAUCCACAAGUUGGAUCAGCUGCCAAUUUUGAGUAGGUUUUUUAUAUUUUUUUUUUUGGAAUUUUUGGGGAAUUCAUAAAGCGGGGAUGUUCAAGCAAAACAUUCAUGGUUAAUUUUCUGAAAUUUUUUUAAAAAAUUUCACCGAAAAUCCACGUGGCUUUUCCUGAAAAUUGAGAAGGGCCACAUAAAUGGAAAUUUUCAAAAUCUUUAAAAUUAUUUCAGAAUUUUUCCAAAAAUCCCUUUCCCCCUCCCUGAAAUGUUUAUUUUUCAGAAACGAUGAAAAUGAAAUUGUAAUGGUUCGACACAAUGACGUCAUCGAAGAAUAUGACGAUGAUAUCGAUCCAGAAAAUCUAGCAGCUCCACGUGUUCUUCCCCGAGUUGUGUCCGUGGUUUCAGUGAAUCGAAAUUGUGAAAGUCGAUCAAGUAUAACAAGUCGACAUCGAAAUGGUGGAAUAUUGGAUCGAUUGAAAAGUCUUGGCGGAGGAUCGCGGAAAAUAAAUAGACCUGGAAGAUUAUUCGGAUCAUCAACUUGUUCAAUUAACACAAUUACUGCUGGAAGUUCACAAAGUAUUCUGGAAGAUUUGGCUGAAGAAGCAUCGAAAAAUGCUUUACUGACACCUGAUGAUUUUGCUGGUUCACCGAGAAGAACUCCAAUUGAUGUUCUAACUUCAGUUGCAGAAGAAGAUGAAGAAGCGCAAAAAACAAGGACUUCAAUUGAUUUGAGGAAGUGGAGAGAUCAAAUUAAAAAGGUUUCGAAAGAUCAAGAAAAACCAAGAUCCGAAGAAAAGAAAGAUGAGGAGGAGAAGGAGGAUAAACAAUAA